AGGAGAGAAGUCGCUUGUUCUCACAGUGCACGGAGUAGCACUGUUUGUGUGUCAUUAACUAGUUUUGCAAAAUUACUUUCUUCUGUCACUAGUGAAUAUAAAACCACUUGUUUAUUUGGAAAUCAGGUCCAUAUUUUAAACACCUUGGUAUGAUAUGUAGAACUGGUGUCACGAAGGAAACCUGACUGUCAUACAAGAGGAAACAAUGGAGGAAAUUCGCUUUCCGUGUCAAUUUAUAAAGUUUUAAUAGACACAGUUUGUGUUCUGGCAAAAUAAAUUUGUUGACAUUUGUUGUUGAAUACCAUCUGUUGUAUGAUAUAGAAAUGGCAUCAACAUUGAAUGAAAAUAAUUUGGAAAAGAAAUUCCAGAGUGUGACUAAUACUCAAGAUGGAAUACAGUCUCUGUCCUUGUGGAUCCUGCAUCAUAAAGUUCACCAUAAGAAGAUUGUGGAAAUGUGGAUGAAAGUUCUUAAGAAAGCUAAACCAUCACACAGAUUGACUCUUCUCUAUUUAGCCAAUGAUGUGGUACAGAAUAGUCGAAAAAAAGCAGGCUCUCAUUUUGGUGAAUCCUUUGCUGAGGUUCUCAAAGAAGCCUGUGUACUUUUGAGGGACGAGAAGAUACAGACAUCGGUAAAAAGGGUGUUUAAGAUUUGGGAAGAAAGAAGUGUAUAUGACCCUGAUUUUAUUAAAGAACUAUAUGAUGUGCUUGAAAGUUCCAAAGAAAGUCCACCAGUAUCAUCAAAAAUAAUUGCUGAUUUUAAGCCUCAAAAAGUAGCUGAUCAGAUUCAUAUGGUGGAUAAAAUAGCCAAGGAGACACUCACCAAACUGACCAUGCUGACUAACAGUAAAGUUGAUGCAGCAAGUUCAGAAGCUUUGAGAAAGUUGAAAG